CCUACUUUACUUAUUACCUCAUACGAGGCACUUGAUCCAGUUCUCCAUUCAAGUCGAUCGUCUCAACAUCACACGAGAAAAAAUAUUGCGAUCCCAACGUUUCGAUCUAUCGACACCGAAAGCGAGAGUGAUUUUAUAAGUUCCGUCAUUCCGUUUUUCGUCCUCUUGCAAUGAUUUCGAAUUAGACGUCCGCAUCGAUCAUGGGGACGAGAAUAUUGCUGGCGUGUUUGCUCGCGUUGAGUGCGGCACGCGACGUUUCGACCGCGAAAGAUUGCGCGCUUGCGAAAAAACCCCAAAGCAAGCUGAUAUGUUACUACAGCAAGAUGGCGGACGUGUCGGGGUGUUACUGCACGCACGUCGUUUUGCCUCCCGAUACGGACGCCGACGCGGUCCGGGGGUUGAAGGCGCGGGUCAAAGGGGUCAAAGUGUACGUCCGGGUCGGCGAAUUCAACCAGGGUUUGAUAAACCUCCUUAAAUCGACCAAAGUGGACGGCCUCGACAUAAACCUGAAGAAGUUGAACUCCAAGUCCGACAUAGUCGAUUUUAUAUCGACCGUCAAGAGCAAAAUCGGAUCUGAUCUGGAGUUAAUGCUUUCGGUGCCCGCUAGACCCGAACUGCUCGCCAAAUUCUUCGACUUUAAGGCUCUGAGCAAAUACGUCAGCGCUUUUAUCAUGCAGACAGAUUUCAUGGGGGCCUCCGAAAACGUCACUUUCCAUCCCAGCAGGCUUUCGGGCAUGUGGGACAUGCAAAAUACGGAUUCCUUGGUCGAUUUGGUCUCCGGCCUCGGAGCUCCGUUACCCAAGUUGGUGAUCACCGCCCCCGUCCAGGCAUACCACUUCACCCUCCAGAGUGCGGAGUAUACCGCACCUGGGAGCCCCGCGUUGGAGUUGAAGAGCAUCACCAGAAACGAUCUCUGCUCGCUGAUGGGCGAGAGUCGAAACUGGACGUUGGAACGCGACGAGGAUCAUACGGGACCUUACAUCUUCAGCGAAAACAAAUGGGUGGCUUUCGAAGACGAAAAGUCGAUCGACAUCAAGGCCAAGUACUUGAGGAUCAGGGGUCUGGCCGGCAUGGCCUUGAAAGACGUGUCCCAAGACGAUGACGCAGGCAAUUGCGGCUCCUCCAUCUUAGAAAUCGCUCAUGGCGGCUUAUCCAGGCAAUCCAGAGCUCCGCGGGGUGCCGUAUUGCAUUCCCUCGAACAGGAACUCCUGGAGAAACCUAGGAGAGUACGGGACUCGGUGCAACUAUCUCCUUACCGGAUUUCUAGGAUCGUCGAUACGGAAGGCAAAGUUCACGUCGUCAGACAUGACAGCAGGACCGAGUUCCAAUGCUCGCGGCAAGGUUACUUCGUGCAUCCGAGGUCGUGCAAUCGUUUCUACAGAUGCGUCAAGUUUAACCAGCUCGCUGACGAGUUUGACGUGUUCGAAUUCGACUGCCCCGCGGGACUAGCGUUCGACGAGAGGGUGGAGGUAUGCGUAUGGCCUGGAAGCUUACCCCAUGGUACUCCUUGCUCCGGUAGUAGCGAGAUCGCGCCCGUACCGAAGGAAAGAUUCGCUUGUCCAUCGGAACCCGGCUACUACGUUGACCCAGAGAACUGUCGUUGGUUCUUCGCCUGUUUGGACCACGGCAAGUCACCGCUAUCCGCUUACGAGUUCAGAUGUCCUUUCGGUUUGGCAUUCGAUGGGGAACGUCUCGCCUGCGACUGGCCCUGGCUGGUGCCGAAGUGUGCCAAUGGUUACUCGACCAACUCGGAGUACUUCUAUGGAGGUAGCCACACUCCUGAUGCCAUCCUUCAAAGCUACGACGGUCUGGGUGCCCUCGGCGCUGUGAAACUGGGCGGCAUCUCGGGGAAAAUUGAACGCCCCAUAGCCACCGUCUACAGCAAUGUGGGUGGUGGAGGAGGGACACUGGGGUUACAAUACCAGAAUAACGACGGUUACAUAGUUGGUAACGGAUUAGGUCACAAUGCUGUACAAUCUUUACAGCACGCUGGCUUACUUAGAGUCAACAACGGUUUAGCAUUGAGUGCUGCGCAUGCCUCGCAUUCACAGGACGGUUUUUACGAUGGCGGACGUGGGAGUAGCACCCCGUACUCUUCCCAGGAUGGUUACGAUAGUAGAAUAGGAAACGCGGGCUUGGGAACCCAGCGUCUGCAUUUAGACUCUGGAAAUUCUAAUGGGGCUGUAUUUGUCGACGGUUUUGCCCACCAGAGUGGAAAUGAUCUAAAUACUGGCGUAUUUGAUAGUACAGCGAUCAAUAGCGGCGGUACUGGUGUAAAUUCUAACUUAGGAGAGUUCGGGGGGGCUCAAAAUCAAUAUGGUUUUAAAUUGGUGAACGCUGGUCAUUACAACGUAGGUGAUGGUGCGUCAUCGUCCCAGUACCAUGGACAGGCAUCUGGGUUGAAUAACGCUGACUCUAUCGACGUCAGAGCUCACACUUCCCAAGAUACCCUGGGACUACAGCACGUAUCGGUAACGCCAUCUUAUGUUAUCCACCAACAGAGUACUCCAAGCAUUGCAUACAAAGAUGCUUACACCGUUCAAUCAGAUGGCAGAUAUUCUGGUUUUGCGGAUGGCAAAUACUCGUCUAACGAUAUACGUUAUUCUGGGAAUACUAACAACGGGGUAUCCUCCCAAACUGUCGUCCAUUCUGCCGGCAUUUCCAACCAACAUCCGGGUAUCGAUUUCGGUACUGUCUCUGGUAAAUUGAACGGAUAUACACAGCGAGGACAGAAUGAAGAUUCAAUAAGAGGAAACAUCAACAUCGUAGGUGGAGGUUAUUCGGCUGUGGGUCCCGGUGUCCAACUAGGAGCUGUUACUUCUCCGGCCGGUUUUACCACGGCUUCUCCCAUAAGUAUUUCUACGAUACCUACAGUACAUUCGGUACCUUUGCCCGGCAUCAAAACGGGUCUUCCUUUUGAAACUUACAAAGGAGGUGUGGUUGCCAACAUCCCAGAACUUCAGUACCGGAUACACUCGAACGGAGACUUCGGCAUUCGAAACGUGUCUGCCAACUUUUUCAACGUAGCUGUAACCACACCCACACCGUUUACUACAUCUACAUCGGCUGUUUCUCAGAUUUACUCUCAGAACACGGGCGUGGUUGGACCUGUGACUACAGUCGGCAAAUCCACCUUCAAACCACUAAUUUUUAGCACUCCAAGACCGUUUGGUCAAGAUGGUGUCGUAUACUCAAAACCUUCACUUCCUUUUGUUGAAAGUACUUCCAAAUCUACUGAAAAUUUUGCCCAAGAGGGCUACAUAUACCCAAAACCUUCCUUGGCCUUUGGCGAGGACGUGGUCGUGUCUACUUUAAAACCCUUCGUGUCUAGUACGGUAAAAACUUUCCAGCUGGAGGGUUACGCGUAUCCGAAACCUUCAUUAGCUUAUGGCGAAGGACCCACGUCCACACCUGCCACUGUUUCAUACCAUACACCUCAGCAUAAUUCGCAGUACCACGACGUGUCCACUGCUGGUCCCUCUAUCGUAGCUGAGCGUAAACCAGAAGUUUUCGCAUCGACGACUCCCAUCCCGCGCGCACAAAACGAAGGCUACGUCUACGACAAGCCGGCAGUUCACUUCGAAACUGCUCAAAGAGCUCAACCAGUGAUUAUUUCGAGAUUCACAAUUCGCAAGGGAAUACCGCUCGCUAUCUAUCCACAGGUCUCCACUCCAUACCAGGAACCUCAACUCCAACAACCAUUGGUCGAGGUCUACAAACAGCCGCAACUGCUGUCCACUUACACCUAUCAGCCGGCGUAUAAGAAUAAAGCCCCCGCAUCAACUUACACUUACCAGAACGUUGCUCAGUCUGCUGUCGGACUCUAUCCCAAGCAACAAUCUGUCGACCCUAUUGUAAGCCAAGGAGUUUCCGUAAAACCCUACAGUUAUGCCGCUCCCAAAGUGAUCGUCCAACCAGAAACCUCAGGUUUCUUAAGUACAGGCCACAACAAUGCUGACUACAAUAAGGUUCAAAACAAACAUUUUUCCAAUUCUGGAUAUGUUCAGACGCAUCCAGAUAGCGCUGCAUAUGUAAUUGCAGGCCAAUCGAGCCUUGGUUAUGUGAAAGGUGGUGCAGAUGGCUCUGCUUACGUUCAGUCUGGACAAACGUCGGCAGGUUUUGUAAAAUCUGGGCAAGAAAGUUCCGGUUAUGUGCAGACCCACCCGGAGAGUCCUGGAUAUAUACUUACUAGUCAGACGAGUCCUGGUUAUGUACAAUCUGGACAAACGUCUUCAGGUUUUCUAAAAGCUGGACAAGAAAGUUCUGGUUAUAUACACACUCAUCCAGAGAGUCCUGGAUACAUAACCGCAGGCCAAUCGAGCCCUGGUUAUGUUAACGCUGGUGCAGAAGGUUCUGGCUACGUGCAGUCUGGGCAAACGUCCGCAAAUCUUAUAAAAGCUGGCCAAGGAAGUUCUAGUUAUAUACAGGUUCAUCCAGAGAGUCCUGGAUACAUAAUCACAGGCCAAUCGAACCCUGGCUCUGUACAAGUUGGGCAAACGUCCUCAGAUUUUGUAAAAGUUAGACAAGAAAGUUCUGGUUAUGUACAGACUCAUCCAGCGAAUCCUGGAUACGUAGUCGCUGACCAAUCAAGACCUGGUUAUGUAAAAACUGGUGUAGAAGGCACUGGCUACGUGCAGUCUGGGCAAAUGUCUGCAGGUCUUAUAAAAGCUGGACAAGAAAGUUCUGGUUACAUACAGGCUCAUCCAGAGAGUCCCGGAUACAUAAUCGCAGGCCAAUCGAACCCUGGCUCGGUACAAGUUGGACAAACGUCUGCGGAUUUUGUAGAAGCUGGACAAAAAGAGUCGGGCUAUUUGCAGACUCAUCCAGAGAGUCCUGGAUAUGUAAGUCAGUCUGGACUAACGUCGGCAGGUCUUCAAGCAACUGGCCAAGAUAGUUCUGGUUAUCUACAGACGCAUCCAAAGAGUGCCGGAUAUGUAAUUGCAGGUCAAUCCAGCCCCGGUUAUGUUAAAGCUCAUCAGGAAAGUUCUGGUUACAUACAGGCUGGACAAGCUUCUACGGGUUCUGUGAACACUGAACAUGAAAGUUCUGGUUAUAUACAGAGACAUUCAGAUAGGCCUGGAUAUGUCAUUUCGAGUCAAUCGAGUCCAGGUUAUGUUAGGGGUGGCCAGGAAAGUUCCAGUCAUGCGCAUCAAGGGCAAGCUUCUGUUGAUUUUGCAAACAAUGGAAUAGAGAAUUCUAGAUUUGUACAAAUACAACCAGAGAGUGCUGGAUAUGUAAUUGCGGGCCAAUCAGGUCCUGAUUUUGUGACUCUCGGUCAACAAAACUUAGGUUUUUCAAAGCAGGAAUAUCAAAAUUCUGGUGACUAUGCACACGCUAACCAAAAAUCCCAAGUCACUGGUUAUAGUUACCCACGACCUCAAGUCGCUUUCAGUGAGAACCCCCGGCCUGAUACCUCGUGUCCAGAUUGCUUCGAAUCGAAGAGAUUACAGCCCGUAUCAAUCGAUGCUUAUGAGUUUUCAACACCAAAGCCUCAUCUAGUGGGAUAUUCUUACUCACUACCAAGUGGUAGCACUACUCCAAAAACUAUAGAAGAAGGAUAUGUUUAUCACAAGCCUUCUGUGGUUUUCGAGGAAAAGCCUGCCUUGGUCACUCCUAAUUAUAAUCUGAUCUUGUCGUCAACUCCCCAAACGCAUGUUCUUGUAUACCAACAACCUGAUCACCAGUAUAUCCCCACUGCCAAGCCAGUAUAUAAGGAACCCGAAGGUUACGAUUAUCCCAAACCUAGCGUCCAGCUGGUGGACGAGAAACCUUUCAUCAAAAAGACUGCCUACGUUACCGGUCAUCAGCAACCUAUUGUUGUGGAAAAUUAUCAGCACCCCAACUACGAGAGGGUUAAACAAUAUAUUCUAUCCCAACAGUCUAACAUAAGACACGAACAACCUCAGGUGUAUGUAAGCUCCACUCCGAAACCAUCCUUCAUUUCCACGAUAAAGGCAAUCGCCACCGAGAAGUUGGCUCCGGUCACCCCAGCGUCUGUUACGAUUUACGAUAGCAGGUUGACUUCCGCUCCAACUCUCGUAAAUUCUAGGCCUACGAUAGCCGCACCCGAAUUGGAAGUGGUGAGUUCUACGAGUAGACCCGUCUCCAGGUUCUCGUUCAGUUCCCUCGAUGAUCAGUACCAGUACAACCAGUACAGGUCUGCUAUAGAGUCGUCUACCGCUCUGCCUUCCGUAUCGUAUACUCCAGUGACUUUGAGUCGCGAGUAUUUACCUGUUGAGGUGACCACACCUUCCAGAGAAUACCUACCGGCAAGGCAAAACGUCAAGAUAACUCCGUCCACCGUGGAGCCCGAAAUCACCACCUUAUCCAGGGAUUACCUACCGCUGAGGACGAGAAUCAAGAUCGCGGCAACAGGUGUUCCGUUGGAUCAGCCGGAGCUGAUAAAGAUUGUACCGAAGACUGUAAUCAAACAAAACGACUACCAUCCGCUGCUAUCCGCCAAGCUGGGUGCUCAGUGUACUUGCGUCUCCAAUUCUAUCCGUUUGCGGAAGAAGCAAAAGAUAAUUGUGGUGGACGAUGACGAAGUUGACGACUGGUAUGUCGUGGACAACUCCAAGGAACCCGAGAGGCUGGUCGGGAUAACCCCAGGGCCCAAAUUUGACCACGUUACUAGAGGAGGUUACAGUGCCAAUGAUGUCACUCCCACCCCAUCUGACGCUGAGGUGCUCAAAGCUGUGAAGACGGGGUUGCAACUGGUGAAGCAAGCUGCCAAAGAGGGUGCCAGAGAGGGAGCUAAACAGGCUCUGGAUAGAUACGGGUCAGGAGGAGUGAGGAGCAGGUCCGAGACCCUACAGGGCUCUGUCGAUUGCCAGAGGGCUGGUUUAUUCAGGCAUCCGAGCGAGUGUAACAAGUUCUACGCCUGCAGGUGGGACUGUACGAAGAACAGGUUCACUCUGCACGUGUUCAACUGUCCCGUUCACUUGACGUUCGACAGUAACCUGGGGGCUUGCAAUUGGCCCAGUCAAGGGCCCGCCUGUGUCGGCAAUACCCUCAUUACGAGCGACUGAUUGUCAUUGGGGUAAGGGUGGAUUAACUUUUUUCACGAGAGGGCGGGCAAUUAACAAUUUCACCGGCAAAAUAAAUAAAUAAAAGAACUUUUUUGACGGUAAAUUUAAACCACUGUUAUGUUUCUGUAUUAUUACUCAGAGUGUUCUAAUUUUCGAGUAAAAA